AUGAGGAUCAUAGUCUGGAACUGUCUGGGUAUCGAGAGUGUUCUGACAGUUUCGAGUUUGAAGGAGCAAGUUAGGCUCCAAACUCCUGACAUAGUGGUCCUCCUAGAAACAAAAAAUCGGAGUCAACGCUAUGGGUAUUUAAAACGUCAGUUAGGUAUGCAAUUUAUGCAUGCGGUUGAGCCUCGGGGCUUGAGUGGAGGAUUGUGUUUAUUCUGGAAGGAGAUGUCACAGUGUAUGCAAGUACUGAUGAGCGAGUACGGAGAUCACAAUGGCAAAUAUUACAGGAUAGGAUGGCCCAGUGUUAGGAGGCUUGCCUACUUAUGGGAGAUUUCAAUGAUAUUAUGGACGUAUCUGAGAAGCAUGGGGUCACCUGUUGGAUUUGAGAUAUGUGGGUCAUCCGUUUACUUGGAGGAACAGGCGGCAGGAGGGAGGCAUAAUGGAACGCUUGGAUAG